AAUAAUUCAACAAUAAAAAUGGUACUUAUAUAUAAGUUAUUCAGCCAUCUGCUUAAACAAUGAAGUUAAGAAGUUAAAAUUAUCAUGGAAACGUUAAUAAAGCUGGAAAAGUUCCUAAAUCAUUAAUUGUAAUGAAAUAAAAUAAUUUCAUAGAAAAAAGAGGAAAACCUUCCUGUAGGACCGAUUUUGUUAGGUGUAUUUUUAUUUGUUGUUGUUGGUUCUGGUAAAUUAUAAUUUUAAGAUUUUAGCUUUAUUUUAAAUACUUAAUGUUGCUUCAAGUGGAUAAGAAAUUUGAUAUAUAU